GGCUCUCAGUAACCUCAGAACAUCUUGCCCUCUUCCUCUCUGAGACUGAGGGAGAGAGCGAGUUAUCGUGCUAAAGGAAUCAAGCUCAUCAGUACUAGAUACUUCAUCUAACAGAUUAAAGAACAGAAAUUAAUUGGCUUUAACUUCUGCUGUAUGACUAAGAAGACAUCACUAUGAGUAAAUCAAAGGACAGCAGCCCCACAUUCUUCCUGGAGACAGAUGACCUGACAGAGGAGGAAAGGUCAAAGGCCAAACAGGUGAAGAAAGGCGCCUCAAAGGACAAGAGGCCCAUGGAUUCUGAUUACCUGGAGGAGACAGAUGAGCCUGCACACACAAUUAAAUUUAACCUACAAUUUGACAGGGGAAUCAGAAAUUUGAAAGAGGAACCAGCUCAGCAGGACAGAGAGAGGUUCACCCUCAAGAGGCUGUUUGAUGCCGUGUCCAGUGGCGAUGUGUCUAAACUGCAGGGUUUACAUGAGUACCUACGCAAAAGCAUGAAACGGCUCACCGACUCUCAAUAUAAGUCCAAUGGAAAGACAGCCCUGCUGAAAGCACUUUUAAAUUUGAAGGAAGGCAAGAAUGACACUAUUGAACAUCUGCUGGAAAUUGCAGAGAAAAUUGGAGAUUUAAACAGUUUUGUCAAUGCUGCCUACACAGACACUUACUACAAAGGUCAGACAGCACUCCAUGUUGCAAUUGAAAGGAGGAGUGCAAAAUUUGUACAGAUGCUGGUUCAAAAAGGGGCUGAUGUCCAUGCUAAGGCCUGUGGGAAAUUCUUUCAGCCCAAUCAAGAAACAUGCUUCUAUUUUGGUGAGCUGCCCCUGUCUCUGGCCGCUUGCACUAAUCAGCCUGACAUUGUUGACUUCCUUAUGGACAAUCCAUACCAGGCGGUGGAUGUCAGGAAGAGGGACUGUCAUGGAAACACUGUGCUUCACGCACUAGUAUCCAUAGCUGAUAACAGUCCUGAAAACACAGAGUUCGUCAUUGCCAUGUAUGACCACAUCUUAUUCAAAGCCUACCAACUUCACCACGAGAUCAAGCUGGAGGAAAUCGAAAAUAACAAAGGACUCACCCCACUCACACUAGCUGCCAAAACAGGAAAAGCUGUGCUGUUAAAGCACAUCGUGCAGCGGGAGUUUAAGGGAUGCAAACAUCUGUCACGGAAGAUCACGGAGUGGGCCUACGGUCCAGUGUGCUCGUCUCUGUAUGACCUCGCCUCUCUCGACACCUAUGAGAAGAACUCCGCCCUGGAGAUAAUCGUUUAUGGCAGUGAGAUUCCUAAUCGCCUGGAGAUGCUCAAUAUUGAGCCAUUUAACCGACUAAUUGAAGAGAAGUGGGAGAGAUUUGCAAAACGGAUGUUCUUGUUCAACUUUAUCAUUUAUGUUAUCUACCUUUUCAUCCUCACUGCUGUAGCUUAUCACCGUGAAGAAGAGAAGGUCUUGAGAAACAACCAAACAUUAAAGCCUCAAUUUCGUUAUAAAAAUAAUAGCAAAGGCUACCUGCUUCUAAUAGGACACAUCAUAACUACCAUUGGAGCACUUUACUUCUUAAUUAAAGGGUUAAUAGAUAUGUUAAGGAAGCGUCCAGGAUUUCGGUCCCUGUUCAUUGAUGGAUACACAGAUCAGCUUUUUUUUCUGCAGGCCGUGCUCUUCCUGGCGUGUGCACUAUUGUACAUCUUUGGUCGGGAUGAAUACGUGGCCUGUCUAGUUCUGUGUCUUGCCUUGAGCUGGGUGAAUCUACUCUACUUCUCCAGGGGGUCCAAAAAUAUGGGAAUCUACAAUGUCAUGAUACAAAAUAUGGUUCUUGGAGAAAUUCGCCGAUUCCUUGUCGUGUACAUGGUCUUCCUCAUUGGGUUCUCUGCAGCCGUGGUAACUCUCCUUGAUGAGGGAUCUAGCAGUGCGCAAUCUAGUUCUGAAGGAGACUGUACGAAGCCCUCAUUCAAGAGCAUCUACUACACCACUCUGGAGUUGUUCAAGUUUACGAUUGGCAUGGGAGAUCUGGAGUUCACCGAUCAGUAUCAGUAUAUAGAGGUCUUCUAUGUGCUGCUAAUUAUUUAUAUAGUGAUGACAUACAUUUUGAUGCUGAACAUGUUGAUCGCUCUGAUGAAUUCAAGAGUGGAGGAGAUGUCUGAAGAGAGCACCAGCAUCUGGAAACUACAGCGUGCAAUCACCACCUUGGACAUGGAGUGGAUUCUUCCCCACUGUCUGAAGACAAGGCUGCGCUGUGGGGAAGAGAAGGAUCUAGGCGAUGAGCAAGAGCCUGAUCGACGCUGGUGCUUCAGUGUGGAGGAAGUCAACUGGAACCAGUGGAACAGAAACCUGGGUGUAGUUACUGAGGAUCCUGGGAAAUGCAUGCCUGUACCUUCCUCAACUAAACCUCAGAGAGAGCCGAGCCGGCGUGGACUCCUGCAAACGUUCAGUAAACGCUGGACACAGAGACCACAACGCAAAUAUGUACAGGAGCUGAGUCCUCUAGCUGAGGCCUCUAGCUCCGUAUAAUGAUGCCUUUAUAAUCUGUAAUCUGUUGCAAUGUAUUUUGCAAUUCCCUUUCAGUCCAACUGGUGUAGGAAAAAUGACAUAUGACUGGUUAAAAUAAAUAAAUAAUUAAAGAGUUGAGACAUAUAAUGGUGACGUAAAAAUGGGCAGGAUAAUGAGAAUGACCCUUCAAUAAUAACAGCCUAAUAAUACCUUUUAUUUAUAGGCGCCUUUCACGGCACUCAAGGACACCAAAAAUCAAUAAAAUACAAUCAAGACAAAACAAAGACAAACAAAUCAGAUCGGAGUCAUCCAUUAUAUAGGUUGGCGCCCAGCAUGAGAAUCUUUUGCCUGUUGGAACAAGUAAAUGUAGCAUUUCAUUUGGAAAUCAAGGUCUGGUGCACUGGAGAGACACAAAAUCCAAAGUCCAGUGUGAAGUUUCUGAAGUCAGUGAUGAUUUGGGUGCCGUGAAGUCUGCUGGUGUUGGUUCAUUGUGUUUUAUCAAGUCCAAAGUCAAUGCAGCCACCUACCAUGACAUUUUGGAGCUCCUGCUGACAAGCUUUAUGGAGAUGCUGAUUUCAUUUUGCAGCAGGACUUUAGCACCUGCCCACAGUGCCAAAACCACUUCCAAGUGGUUUGCUGACCAUGAUAUAACAUGAUAUUGAAGCGCCUCAUGACAGGUCUUGGUCGGCUUGCUGUCUGAUGACAGGGAGCCACCCACCACUUGAGGGGCACUGCUGAUGUCUUCCGCACAGACUGGUCCACCGGUAUUUGCCGGGGGAGCGCUCGUGUUCAGACUGAGAGAGUGCGCGGGACUUGCACCUUGCAGAGUGUCGUUCAAAAACAGGACUCUGCUUAUAACACACAAUUGGAAACAAACGUGAGGGGAAAAAACCUCUGAUGUUGAAGACUGUUUGGUUUGUGGCUUAUUUGUGUCUUAAAUAUGCUCAGAUUGACCAUUCUUAAUUUGUACAAACUGUUUUCUAUAAUUUAAAUAAGAUGAAAAACGAAGUACAAUAACAGCUACCCCAAUACAAGCCAAUCAAUAUAAUAUUACUGAAUGACUAAUGAUGUCAAAUGCAGCACUAAUAUCUAAAUAUUAAAAAUAGACAGAAGGCCGGUGUUCUGUCGAUUUGUGCUACUCUGUCAGAUUUUGCUACCUCCCAUUAAAACAGUGGGUAGUACAAUACGACAACGAAAAAUGCUGCCGAUAAAAUGAUGGUUUAUUAAAAUCUACACCUACCACAACUCUAAACCUACCCUUAAAGUAAUGCAAAUACAGUGUGUUAUAUUUGUGGUUGAAGUUAGAAGGGAUACAACUACAGGAAACCAACAAUAAAUAUUUUUUAUACCUA